AUGGACAACUCAGCAUUUGAAGUGCAUGAAGAUGCAAUGCAGAAUACUUUGUCUGCGGGGAAGAGGAGCACCGUCUUCAGAAUGGAAAAGAAGAGGCAGUGGUCAUUGAUGAGCAUUUUCCUGGUGUGUCUCUUGGCCUGUGCCAUCACCACAGCGGUAGGAGUGCUGACACUUUCCUUGGUUUAUAUUCAGAACUCUCAGCCACGUUCAGAAGUUCAUUUAGGACUUGAAGCCCGGCCUCUGCAAGCAACGACUCCUAUAGUGCAGAAGGCUGUGGAUCCAAAAUUCCAGUUUCUUAACCGUUUACCUAAAUCCAAGACAACAGAGGCCUCGUGUUCCUCAGGAGACGGCCUCCAUGUUGACGGUUGCUUGCUUAUGACUUUUCAGGUGUUUGAAUUCCCCGGUGGUGCAAUCCAGUGGGCCCGGUAUAGGAACGAUGUCAGAGACUAUCUCAGCGUUGAAGAAGAGGCUUUCGGCAGUAGCUUGAACAGUCAGAGAUCACAGAUGACUCUGGGGACCCUGAGAAUAAAAGGCAAUGGCCUCCGAGCCCCUCACUGGCAUUUCAAUGCUAACGAACAUGGCUAUCUUGCACAGGGGACAGCGUGGAUUGGGGUGGUUGAUGCUGGUGGUGUAGUCACCACGUACAACGUUACAGCUGGCCAAGUGAUCUUCUUCCCUAAGAAUACUCUGCACUGGAUAAAGAAUGUGGGGAGUGAAGACUGCUUUUUCUUGCUCUUCUUUUCCACACACGAUGAACUUCAGACCCUGGAUGUUGAUGAUGUAUUUUUUUCUCUGCCUGAGGACAUUGUUUCCAGGUCACUUAAGCCUGAAGGUGGAAUUAAUUUCAUUAGAACAUUCCAUAAGCAAAAAGAGGAUCAGGGUGUCAACCUCCCUCCCAACUUGGCAGAACUGGUUACAAAUCCUAGUUACGUACAGUCUCCAGACAGUCUGGUGUGGAGAUAUUUUUAUGACCUUAAAGGUUCAAAAGAAUAUCGAUUUCCAGGAGGAGUAAUACAACUGGCACAAUACUGGAAAAAUGGAAGUGAACUAAGCAGCCAUGAGCAAAUUUUUAGUGAAUUCCUGAAUCAGCAUCAAAAUGCCCUCACUUUGAGUACACUCAGGAUUUAUAACAAUGGAUUACGACAGCCACAUUUUCAUUUUAAUGCAAAUGAAAUGGGAUACGUAAUAAGUGGAUGUGCAAAGGUUGGCAUUAUUAAUACUCAGGGUAUCGUGGAGUUUAAUAUUCAUAUUGGAGAUGUGGUAUUUUUCCCCAUGGGAACUCAGCAUUACAUUAAGAGCACAUGUGAUGAAGAUUUGCUUCUCAUUCUCGCCUUCAGCACUGGAGACCAGUUGCAAACCCUUGAUAUGGACGAUUAUCUCCAGGCCACAGCAGACCACAUCCUGGCCCAACUUUUUUUCAAGAAGCAAAGUGAGUUUAAGAAGAUCUCCACUUUCAAGGAGGACCAGGCAAUCAACCUGCCUUAGAUUUGCUGAUGAGUUCAUAUCUCUUCUUCCUUCCUUCUUUGUUAUUGUUUUUAAAGGACUACUUUGCUAAUGAGCCUAGAGCUCUUCACAGAGUAGAAGUGGGAAAACAGGUGUGAAACAGCCCUGUGGGCUCAUUUAGUUUAGUGAUGAUAGCCCCUGUAUGCUAAGGAAGCAUUUUAGAAUACUCUGUGCAGAUUAGCAGAUC